AGUUUGACUAUUUGGAAACGCCCUGUAUGGGGUAUAUAAUGAGAUGCAACCUAGCAUUCGGGAGAUCCCUUGCAAGGGGGCUCGACUUUGUUUUGCUUGAAAUAAAGUCUUUUCUUCUGAGAGAAAAAUCCCUGACUGAGUUUGAUUCUUCUGAGAGCCGGCAAAAGACACCACAGAUUUGGCACCCCAGAUGGGACUGGACAAGAGUGACAGAGUGGACAACCGCUUUUGAGCUGACCAAUGAUCAACACAACCGGGUGGCCACCAUAAAACAAGCUAUCUAUUUACAGGAAAAAAGAAAAGAGCCCAGUGAGGAAUCGGAGACGGCCUGUCCAGUUGUUCCAGGGGAUCAAGUUUAUCUGAGGGUAUUCCGGCGAAAAUGGAAUGAGCCCAGGAGAGAAGGACCCUACACAGUGGUGAGAGCUACUCCUACAGCAGUCCAAGUGGAGGGAAGCACAACCUGGUAUCAUCUAAACCACUGUACUAGAGUUCCCACAGGAAAGGCAGAAAGAAAGGAAAGCAGACAAUCAGACAAUGCAGGAGAGAGCAAUGAGGAAGAAUCAGAGACACAUGAUGAAGUGCAAACUGACGAGAGCUCUUUCCUCCUGUCAGACAAACUGGAGAGGACAGAGAAUCAGUCUGACAACAUGUCUGAAGACCAUCCUAUGCCUAAUGCAUCUCAUAAUGCAGACUCAAACUCAACCGAUAGAAAGCAACCUGACUUCCCUUCAAUUGACUUUACAACCUUUGAACAAAAGUGACAAUGUGAUCAACUCAACAGAACCAAUGGUAAUCAAAAAUCGUAGAGACAUUGAUUAUGAUGUUCAAGGUGAUGAAGACGUUAGUCAAAUUGAUGCAUUAUGGGAUACAGCCCAAAACAAUGAAUGGUAUAAAUGGGCAGCCUUUACAGCUAAAGAAACAGGAAAAGAAAAUUGCUUGCUGUGCUCCAAAUCUCCGUUAAACAAAGUAAUAGCCAUACCAAAUCCAUAUGACUACCGAAAAUGUGCCCAAUUUGGGAGAAACUUUUGUCAUUUAACAGAUUUUACCAGGCCAUAUUGUAUUGCUGAAUGCCUUGGAUUUUUAGGAAAUCCUAAAUUAACAGAUUAUUUCUUUAGACCACUCUGGGGAUCCUGGUGUCAGUAUUCAGAUAUAGGUCAAAAUAUAAAAAUUGAAAAACAAAAAGUAGAGAUUCCAAAAUGGUAUAGCAUAGAUUAUAAACAAGAAUAUGAGUGUUUCCAUAAACCAAAAGGAACCCAAGAUGUGGGUAAAUUCAAAGGAAGAUGUGCUAUUAUUUGGUAUAUAGAUAAGAAAAAUUCUUGGAAAUCAGGAGUUCCUUCUAGAGCUCCAGAACUUUUAGCAUUCGGAACAACUAAAGGAAGUAAGAUAGCACCUGAAAAAUGUGAAAAUCAAACUAUAGCCUUACCUCCAAUAGAAAUUUAUGAAGAUCAAUCAUUAAUAAUAGCAGAUUUCUUUUGGAUCUGUGGAGGGGAAAUACUAUUGCCUUCUUUACCAGUUGGAUGGAAAGGUAUAUGUGUAAGAGUACGGUUACUUCAAGAAGUUAGCAUGGCACAAUGGGGAACAGAACAGAGCACAAACAAGGAAGACAAUAGAACUAAAAGAGGAUACGAGCCAGACCCCAAUGUAUAUUUAGACUCAAUUGGACAACCAAGAGGAAUUCCUAAUAAAUUCAAGGCAAGAAGUGAAAUAAAAGGAGGUUUUGAGUCAAUCCUGGUUUGGAUCACACCAAACAAAAAUACAGAGUGGAUUAAUUAUAUCUAUUAUAAUCAACAAAGAUUCAUUAAUUAUACUGAUGAGGCCUUAACCUUAUUAGGCGACCAAGUGCAUGCAACAAGCAGAAUGACAUGGCAAAACAGACAGGCUCUUAAUUGGCUCUUGGCAGACAAGGGAGGAGUUUGUGUUAUGUUUGGAGAUCAAUGUUGUACAUUCAUCCCAAAUAACACCGCCCCUGGAGGAGCUUUCAGUGAAGUUAUGACAAAAAUUAAAAAAUUAAGAAAUGAAAUUACAACAAAUGCCGGAAGAGACCAACACAUUUGGGAUUGGAUUGAUGUGAGAUUUGGAGCAUGGGGAGCAUGGUUUGUUAAACUAGGAAUGUUUUUAGGAGUUGCCAUAUUAAUAGGAGGAUUAUUAUUUUGCUGUGUAUUACCUUUAUUAAGAUCAUUAAUCAUCAAUGCUACUGUUAAGCAAAUGGGAGUGAUAAAAGUCCCAAAUAAUCAACAAAGGAUCAUUGAAAAGAGUCUGGAGGAAUACUAUGAAGGAUGGCUAAACAAACGGAACUUAAAUGAGCAAACUUUUGAUGAUAGUUCUAUUGACUCUGAGGAUGUUGAAGAUGUCUAAGGGUGAACCAUACCCUGGAUAUAAGUGCCAGUUGAACUUUGGCCCAGGGAGGCUCUUUACGAUACAUAAGGUAUCUGAGCUGAAGAUCAACUUUUAUAAUCUUGUGAUAUUCAAUUAUUGAUGUAAUGUAUGUAUUUUAUGUCUUUUAUACAUAACUGUGAUAACCACAGGCAAGUGCUGAACCAAUUACACGCUCACGCU